UAUUACAAGUCACACACAACACACACGCACACCUCCACCACCACUGCUGUUAGUCCACACAUUUUAAUCGCAAUGAAAGCGGCACAGAAAAGGGUUUCUGCAUUUACUGUUUUUAAAACACGUUCAAAGGAAAAUGUCAACGAUGACAAUGAAAACAACAAAAGUAUGACCAAGAAAACAAAACAAACUGCCAAAAAGCUGCGUAGCUCAUUGAGGCUAAAGCCCAAAUCUGGAAGACCAUCAUGCCUCCCGGAUAGUGCGGUUACUCCUGCACGGAAGAAGUCGAAGAAGUUGAAAAUGAACUCUAGUAGUCAUUCUUCUAAUGAUCGUGGUAGCGUAUCUAGCCUUGUUCACACGCCGGUAGUGGAACUUGACUUCAAAAACAAACAAGAUAAGAAAAGGCGGAAAUCAGUGAAUGAAGAUUGUAAAGGGAACAAAGUCAAGCAAAGGAGGUUGUCUGCUGAUGGAGAAUCAGAUACAGACACACCUAAUAGAGGCCAAUCAGAUCCUUUGCAAUCUACAGUAUCACCAAAGCGAUUUUUAUCUGGUAGCGAACUUGAGGACAGUGGUGAGGAGGCGGAAAAACUAUUUGAGUGGAUGAUAGGUCCAGUGGAACCGGAAAAAUUUUUCAAAAAUCUGUGGGAACGAAAACCGCUGUUAGUAAAACGCCACAUGCCAGAUUACAACAGUAUAUGGUUCAGCACCGAAGAAUUGAAUAGAAUUCUUCGCGAGGAAGAUAUUCAGUUCACCGUCAACCUUGAUGUUACAACAUACACCGAUGGCCGCCGAGAAACGCACAAUCCUCAAGGCCGGGCUCAUGCACCUGUUGUGUGGGACUAUUACCAGAAUGGCUGUUCCGUUAGAUUUUUAAACCCACAAACUUUCUCCCGUCCUGUAUGGAAACUAUUAUCAACACUACAAGAGUUUUUCAGCUGCGGGGUUGGUGCAAAUGUUAAUUUUUCCCAGGAUGAGAUUGGUGAUCCGAUACUAGAUGUUGUACUGGAAGCUGGAGACCUUCUUUACUUUCCUCGAGGCAUUAUCCAUCAGGCUGACACACCUGAGGAUAGUCAUUCUCUUCAUAUGACAGUUUCCACCUAUCAAAGAAACACCUGGGGAGACCUACUAGAGAAGAUGAUGCCACAAGCGUUAAAGAUUGCAUUUGCUGAAGAUCCCGAGUUCCGCAAAUCAUUACCACGGGAUUAUACGCAAUACAUGGGGGUUGCAAACUCGGAAUCAAAUGAUCCUAACCAGUUGCAUUUCAUUCAACAUGUUGGUCACCUGAUUUCCAAGUUGAUAGCAUAUGCUCCUGUACAUGGAGCAGCUGAUCAAAUGGCUGUGAAAUUUUUACAUGAUAGUCUGCCGCCAAUGAUUAAUAGAGAUGAAAAGCCGCUGUCUGUAUUUGGUGCUGGAGCCCAGUGGCGUAAUGGUAAAGUUGAAGACGAACAGCAGAUAUUCACUAUGUCAACACAGAUAAAGCUAAUAAGGAGGACAUGUAUAAGAUUAGUUAUGGAAGAUGAUGCUGUUUUAGUGUAUUAUAACUUGGACAAUGCCAAAGUCUAUCACGGAAAACCCCCGCAAAGUUUUGAAAUACCCGCGGAAGCUGCUCCUGCUGUAGAAUGUUUGCUGAAAGCCUAUCCUGAAUAUGUUCCUAUUAAGAGCUUACCAGCAGCUGGGGAGAUGGAGGAUAAGCAAAUUGAAAUAGCUCAGGUUCUGUUUGAGAAAGGUAUAUUGUUACUGGAGGACACCAGAAAGAUUGUAUCAUGAAAACAUUCAAGAAUCAACUAUCAAACACCCCAUUUGCACUAUAAGAGUAUUAUCUAAUAUGUACUAUAAUCCCAGAUGGCACUGUUCUAUUUUUCUGAGUUUGCCUUAUCAAAAUGAGCCAAAUCAUUUACUGCUAUGUCAUUAAGCUUGGAAUAAUGCAAUCAACAGCUGGUUUGGGGAAUUUAUCAGAUCAGAAGAGGUGUUGAAACCAAAGAAAACAAAUCAAAUUGUACAUGCAAUAGAUCAUAAGAAUAUUCCUUUGUAAUAUUUUUCACCAAUUUGUUUUUCUGCACCAUGAUUAUAAUUCACUUUGAUAAAUUUAUCAACACAAAACCAGUUAGUGGUGUUUCUAGGGGUGCUCAAGUUUGGGUGGGGGUUGAUGGGGGCAUGAAGGUGAAGUGGGAGGGCUUAUUGUUAAAGUAAGGGGGGACUAAAUGUCAAAGGAAGGUA